UUCUAUUUAUAUUUGUGUUUUAAAUUGUUCAAUCGAUAAUUUUAAAAGUUUAUAGUUUUUUGUGAUUUAUUUUUAAUAAACUUAUAACAGUUUGUUCAUACUAUUAAAAAUGAGUGAAAACUCUGAAAAUAAGGAAAUUAAGACGUCUGGUUUACGACCACCGACCAAAAUUCCCACAAUGGGAGUGUCGAGGUUACCCAGUUCAUCUUCCAUCAAACUUGAUGGAGUAAGCUCUAAUGCAACCAGACUAGACGGAGGUUCAAGUGUAAAAAAAAGUACAGAUAUGGCGUAUGUUAGCAAACACAAUGGUUUUAAUAAAAAGCCGACAGAUGAGCGCAAAUUAUCUAGCGGUUCAGAUUCUUUCAUAGGAGAUGCACGUAGACUUAGUGAAGCUGGUGUAAGACGGAGUUCAGGAAACAGUGUUGUUCUUACGGAAGAUACGGACAAAUUUAUCAUCGGCAAUCGAAUUUGGGUGGGUGGAACUAAACCUGGGCAAAUCGCCUAUAUAGGUGAAACUAAUUUUGGAAACGGGGAUUGGGCUGGUGUAGUACUUGACGAACCAAUUGGUAAAAAUGAUGGAUCCGUAAGUGGAACAAGAUAUUUUCAAUGUGAACCAAAAAAAGGCAUAUUUGCUCGUUUGACUAAUCUUACCUCUGCUCCUUUGAGUUCUGUUGAAGAUUCUAUGGUUCAAAAUUCGUUUGCUGCAACUAAACCAUUAGGGUUUUCAACUCCAAUGCCUAAACGGCAAGGUUCUACUGUAACAGCUACCAAAGCUGCCCCAAAAAGUAUUAGUCAAACACCUAUAGUCAAAAGUAGCAGUGAUUUAAAAAUUGGUGAUCGUGUUAUUAUCAGCAGUGGGCAAGGAUCUAAAUUGGGAGUUCUGAGGUAUCGUGGCGCAACUCAAUUUGCACCAGGAGAAUGGUGUGGUAUUGAAUUAGAUGAUCCUCUUGGAAAAAAUAAUGGAACAGUGGAAGGAAUCAAAUAUUUUGAAUGUGAAGAUAAAUUUGGCUUAUUUACUCCAAUUACUAAAGUUUCCAAAUCUCCGAUGUCUGCCAGUCGAAUGUCAACCAAUUGUGCUAUUCACAAGGCAAAACGUUCACCAGGUUCUAUGAAUGGAUCUAUGGUCAGUGGUAUUACAACAAACACUAUGUCAUCAAUACCAACUCGGCCAUUGAAAGUAUCAGAUAUGGAUCGAUUAAAAUUACAAUUAACUCAAAUGAAAAAUGAAAAUGAACUUCUUCGUUCACAAGUUAUUAAAGCAGCUAAUCAAGCUGAUGUAGCUGAAAAAAGAUUGGAAGAAACAUUAAAAGCUCAGUCUGAACAACCGUCAGAAAUUCAAGUCAAUGGUAUAAUAAUGCUACAAAAUCAAUUAGAUAAUAUAAAAAAACAAAUAGAUGAUGAAAAAGAAAAAGUUCAAAAUUUACAGUUUACCAAUGAAGAACAAAAUGUUGUCAAUAUUGAAUUACAAAAUAAAAAUGCUGAACUUUUAAUAAAAAUUAAAGAAUUAGAAUUAGAUUUGACUAAAGAACGAAAUCUAGCUAAAGAUAUAGAAAAAGAGACAAUGAAAAUUUUUGAAAAAGAAGAAGAAUUAUGUAGAGUAAAAGAAGAGUUAGAAACCCUAAAAAAAUUAAUAGACAAUAAUGAAGAUGAAUUACAAAAAUCUGUGUCCAAUUUAAGUUCAGAAGUAGUUGAUAAAGAAGCAAUUUUAAAUACAUUACGUCAAACAUUGAAUGAAAAUUCUCAAAAUCAUGAGCGUUUAUUAAAAGAAGCUAAUGAAAAUUUAUCUGCUACCACAGAACGACUAACCAAAAUAAUAGAAGAAAAAGAAAAAAAAAUUGAACAGAAUCAAGAGAUGAUUGACCAAUUAAACGAAGGUAUAAAAUGUUUGAGUGCAUUAAAAAAUGAAGAACAUGAUGAUAUCGUAAAUAGUUUAAAAAACGAGUUAUCAAAAUUAAAAAAUGAAUAUCAAGUAAUCAUUGAUGAAAAAGAACAAUGUAUGAAAAUAACUCAAGAGAAUCAUAUCAAAAUUGAAAAUGAAUUCAAACAAGAAUUAAAAAGCUUAUCAGAAAAUAAAAAUCAAGAAAUACAACAUCUUCAACAAAAAAAUCUUGAAAAACUUGAAAAACUUGAAAAUAUUAACCAAAAUAUAAAUAUGGAAUUAAAAGCAGCAUUAAAAUCUAUACAAGAUCAAACAAAUGAUAUAGCCAAUUUAGAGAAAAAAUAUAGUGAUUUAGAACUUCAACAAGAUUUAAAUAAAAAUGAAUUAGAAAAAGAACUUACUACAAAACUAAAAACUAUUGAAAAUGAAUUAACAUUUUUAAGAUCUGAAAAAUCUAUUUUAGAAGAAAAGCAUGAAAAUUAUGUGAAAGAAGCAACAAAUACAACAAAUGUCUUAGAAAAUAAAUUGAAACAAAAUAAUAUUUUAAUAGAAAAUCUUAAAAAAACAUUAAAUGAGUUAACUUUAUCAAAACAAAAUGAAUUAGAUUCUAUGAAAAAACAAAUAUUACAGUUAGAAGGAGAACGAGAUAAUUUAUUAAAAUGCCAAAGUUUAGAAUUAGCUACUAAAGAUGAACUAAUAAAUACCCUAUCCAAUAAACUUGAAUUGACAUUAACAGAAAAACAAAAACAAGAUUUAAGUAAUGCUAAUUUACAAACUGAAUUAACAAAUGAAACUUUAAAGUAUCAAACGACUAUUAAAGAUUUACAAAACAAAAUUAAUGAAUUAGAAGCAAAUAUUGCAUCAAAUUAUAAAUCAUUUAAGUCAGAAUUGGAAUUAUUAAGUAAUGAAAAAUUAGCAAGUGAGUCAGAAAAUUUGAAUCUUUUAGAAAAAUUAAAGUUUUUGGAAAAUUUAAAGUUGAAUCUCGAAGAGAAAUUAGUUUCUAAUGAAAUAUGCAUCCAGGAUAUUCAAAAUUUAAAUGAGGUAAUAAAAGAAAAAAAUAAAAUUAUAGAUGAUAGUCAAAUAAAAAUUAAAGAAUUAGAUAAUUUUGUUACACAGACCAAAAAUGAGUAUGGUGUUAUUCUAAAAGAAAAAGAAAAAGAAAUUAAGGAAUUGUUAAAAAUUGGAGAAGAAAAGAUGAAAUUAGAAAAAUUGUCAUUAGAAGAAAAAACCAAAGUUAUAUUAGAUGAAAAAGAUAAAGAAAAUUCAAUACUCCACAAAAAAAUUGCAGAUUUAGAAAAUAUAAAACAAGAUUUAGAAAAACAAUUAGAAAUGUGUAAAUUACACGAACAAGAUUUGACACAAUUAAAUGAAAUAAUUCAAGAUAAAAUUAAAACUAUUAAAGAUAAUGAUUUAAACAUUGAACAGUUGAAUAAUAAGAUUGCGCUGUGUAAAGAAGAGUUUAAUUCAGAGUUGAAAGAAAAAGAAAACAAAAUUAAUGAGCUUAUAAAAGUAGGAGAAGAGAAAUUAAUUAAUGAAAAGAAACAAAUAGAAGAACAAAAUAAAGUAUUAUUGGAUAAAAAAGAUGAAGAAAUUUCCAAUUUAAUGGAAAAACUUAAUAUUUUGGAGAGCUCCAAAACAAAUUUUGAGCAACAAUUAAUUGAAACCAGUAAAAAACAAGAAAAUAUAAUAGCUGAACUUAAAAUAUCAAUUGAAGAGAAAACAAAUCUCAUUAAUGAUAAUAAUUUAAACAUUGAACAGUUGAAUAAUAAGAUUGUGCUGUGUAAAGAAGAGUUUAAUUCAGAGUUGAAAGAAAAAGAAAACAAAAUUAAUGAGCUUAUAAAAGUUGGAGAAGAGAAAUUAAUUAAUGAAAAGAUACAAAUAGAAGAACAAAAUAAAGUAUUGUUGGAUAAAAAAGAUGAAGAAAUUUCCAAUUUAAUGGAAAAACUUAAUAUUUUGGAGAGCUCCAAAACAAAUUUUGAGCAACAAUUAAUUGAAACCAGUAAAAAACAAGAAAAUAUAAUAGCUGAACUUAAAAUAUCAAUUGAAGAGAAAACAAAUCUCAUCAAUGAUAAUAAUUUAAACAUUGAACAGUUGAAUAAUAAGAUUGUGCUGUGUAAAGAAGAGUUUAAUUCAGAGUUGAAAGAAAAAGAAAACAAAAUUAAUGAGCUUAUAAAAGUUGGAGAUGAGAAAUUAAUUAAUGAAAAGAUACAAAUAGAAGAACAAAAUAAAGUAUUGUUGGAUAAAAAAGAUGAAGAAAUUUCCAAUUUAAUGGAAAAACUUAAUAUUUUGGAGAGCUCCAAAACAAAUUUUGAGCAACAAUUAAUUGAAACCAGUAAAAAACAAGAAAAUAUAAUAGCUGAACUUAAAAUAUCAAUUGAAGAGAAAACAAAUCUCAUCAAUGAUAAUAAUUUAAACAUUGAACAGUUGAAUAAUAAGAUUGUGCUGUGUAAAGAAGAGUUUAAUUCAGAGUUGAAAAAAAAAGAAGACCAAAUAAAGGAGCUUAUAAAAGUUGGGGAAGAAAAAUUAUUACAUGAAAAAUUAGAAUUAGAAAAACAUGCUAUGCACACAUUGGAUGAAAAAAAUAAGGAAAUUUCUAAUCUAAUAGAAAAACUUAAUAUUUUAGACAAUUCAAAGUCAAAUUUAGAGAAACAGUUGGAGAUCAGUAAAACUCAAGAACAUGAUAUAAUAGAAUUGAAGAAAGAUGUCCAAGAAAAAACUAAAAUCAUAGAUGAUAAGAACUCAAAGGUUGAAGUGUUAAACAGUCUUAUUGCACAGACUAAAGAAGAUUUUAGUAUGAGGCUCAAAGAAAAAGAAAAUGAAGUUCAUGAGCUUGUAAAAACUAUAGAACAUAAAUUAAACGCCGAAAAGAUAUCAUUUGACACUCGUAUUAAAUCAUGCAUGGAUGAAAAAAAUACAGAAAUUAAAUUAUUGAAAACCCAAUUACACGAGUUUGCAGAAAAUAAUAAAGAAAAAGAAUUGAUGCUUAAAUUAGAAUCCAUCAUCAACGAAUUAGAAAAAGAGAAAUUACGGGCAUCACAUUUAGAAGCACUAAAACUUGAGUUGGAAAAAACUGUGUUACAACAUAAAACUGAAUUGGAUUUAUUAAACAAAUCCAAAAUAAAUAUGAAAGAAGAAAUGAUUAAAACUAUUGAAAAACAACAAGUUCUCAAUACUGAAUUAACAGCUAAAACUGAAUCUGAACAAUUAGAUAGUGAAAAAUUAAAUAUUCAAAAACAAAUUGAUGAACUACAGAUUGAAUGUUCUAGGUUACGAUCAACAUUAAAUGAUAAAAACUGUGAAAUUGAAAAUCUAAAAAUUCAGAUAUCUCAAGAGUUGAAACCUGUUGUUUCUUGUAAUGAUGAAUUGAGUCAGUUAAAAGCUUUACUUGAAAAAAGUCACAGUGCCCAAUCUCAUUUGGAAUUUCGUAUUCAAGAGCUAACAGAUGAAAAUCAUCGUUUGAAUGAACGCAUUGAAGUUGACAAUAAUCAACUUCAUAAGAAUGAUAACAUUAUGCAAGAAAAAUACAACAUUGAAAAAAAAUAUGAAGAAACUUAUAAUAUUUUAAAAAUUAAAGAAAAUCAAAUUUUAGUGUUGCAAACUGAGUUGAAUUCUUGGAAGUUAAAAGAUACAGAAAAAUCCAAAAACAAUAUUACUCAUGAAAAUACAGAUAAAUCUGAAGCCCAUUUAUUAGCAGAAAAAAAUCAAGAAAUUAAAAUGUUAAAUUCAAUAAUAUUAGGCUUACAUAAAAAGUUAUCGGCCGUUAUGGAAACUGAUGUUUCUGAAUAUGAGAUUGAGAAAAACCCUAAUAGCAUUUCAAAAGAAGAUUAUCAAAAAUUGUACAAAACGGCUAAGAACAAUGUUAAGCUAAAGGAAUGUGAAAAUCUAUCAUUGAAACAAGAGAUUAACAAGUUAAAAACAGAAAAUGAUCGUUAUUCCGAAUUCAAAACUAAAUGUGAAAGUUUAGAAAAUGAUAAAAAAUCACUUCAAAAAUUAAUAGUUAGUUAUGAUAACUCUAUUCCCACAAAUGUUAAAAGUGAUACUAAAUCUGAAACGGAAAAAAUAUUGGAGGAAAAAGACUGGCAAAUAAAUUUGUUAAACAAUAUUAUUGCUGAUCUUCAUGCUAAGGUGUCUGAUAAUAAAUUUAAAAUUGAAGCACUAGAAACACAAAUAUUAGAUUCUGGAGUAGAACAAAACAGUAAAAAAACACGUUUAAGAACUACUCGUCUUUAUUGCGAAAGAUGUGAAAUAUUUGAUUCUCACGAUACUGAAGAUUGUCCUGAAAAACCAGAAUCUCCAAAAUUCCAAAGGAAACGAAGAGUGGUUAAUGAUAGUUCAAAUAAAAUGAUUGAUGAACCUUUUUGUGUAUGUUGUGAUAUGUUUGGACAUACAGCUAAUGAGUGUGACAACUCAUUAACAUUUUAGUUUGGUUUGAAUCAUGUUGCUGAUUGCUUGAUAUCAAGAUAAUUGUUUAGUAAAUUUAUGUUAUUGUUAUUAUUAUUAUUUAGAAUUAUUAUUCAGUAAGACUGAUUUUAAG